AUUUCUGCUGCUGUGGACGGAAUUAAACCAUAAAUACCCCCCAGGUCCCCUACACUCGCCCGGCACACCCACACCUCCAUACACACUCACACACAAACACACACACAAACUGAGCGAGAGUGGAGAGGUGACAACGUCUGGUGAGGAACUGGAGAUACAGGCAGAAGGAUGUCAGAUCAGCAGGGAGUCCCAGAUCAACAAGUCGCUGGGAAGAGCCAAGGGGGAGCGGGCGUGAUUUACAAGGUCUCACUGUAUGAAUUCGAGAACUUCAGAGGAAAAAAGGUGGAGUUGUCAGCAGAAUGUAAGGACGUGAUUGAGAAGAAUUUGGAAAAAGUUGGAUCCAUCAUAGUUGAGUCUGGGCCCUGGGUGGCAUUUGAGCAGAAAGGCUUUGCAGGGGAGCAAUUUGUUUUGGAGAAGGGAGAAUAUCCUCGCUGGACCACCUGGACUAACAGUCAGAACAGCUACUAUCUCCUGUCCAUCAGACCUCUCAAAGUGGACAGUGCAGACCACAAACUACAUCUGUUUGAGAACUGCAGCUUUGCUGGGAGAAAGAUGGAAAUUGUGGACGACGAUGUUCCCAGCUUGUGGGUUCAUGGCUUCCAGGACCAUGUGGCCAGCGCAAAAGCUGUGAAUGGAACGUGGGUUGGCUACAUGUAUCCCGGCUACCGCGGAAGACAGUUUGUGUUUGAACAUGGCGAAUACAAACACUGGAAUGACUGGGGGGCCUCAGAACCACAGCUGCAGUCCGUCCGGCGGGUGCGUGAUAUGCAGUGGCACAAACAGGGCUGCUUCAACAUUCCUGACCCAGCUCCUAAUCCUAAUCCCAAUCCUAAACCCAAUCCCAAUCCAAACCCAAAUCCAGCCCCCGAUCCCCCUGCCCCAUCCACUACAGCCGACAGCAGCUGAAGGAGGGUGACUCACCCUGACACUGAUGACCUUUGCCUUGUGCCUGUUCAGAGGGCCACGAAGAAAGCUCGAAAGUGACUGCCUUAACUCUUGUGUAUCUAUCAUUGGAAAUAAAGGCCUUGGCCCCAUGGUUUGAUCUUUGACCUUAAA